AUGGGGGCAGUUGUGGCCAAAUUGCUCCUGCCUACCCUCAGCAGCCUGGCCUUCCUCCCCACCGUGAGCAUCGCUGCCAAGAGGCAGUUUUACAUGGAGGCCAUGGUCUACCUCUUCACCAUGUUCUUUGUGGCGUUCUCCCAUGCCUGCGAUGGGCCUGGCUUGUCCAUGCUGUGUUUCAUGCGCCGUGACAUCCUGGAGUACUUCAGCAUCUAUGGGACAGCCCUGAGCAUGUGGGUCUCACUAAUGGCACUGGCUGAUUUUGAUGAACCCCAGAGGUCAACCUUCACGAUGCUCGGUGUGCUUACCAUCGCUGUUCGGACUUUCCAUGACCGCUGGGGCUACGGGGUGUACUCGGGCCCCAUAGGUACAGCCAUCCUCAUCAUUGCUAUGAAGUGGCUGAAGAAGAUGAAGGAGAAGAAGGGUCUGUACCCUGACAAGAGCAUCUACACUCAGCAGAUAGGCCCCGGCCUCUGCUUUGGGGCACUGGCCCUGAUGCUUCGCUUCUUCUUUGAGGAAUGGGAUUACACCUAUGUCCACAGCUUCUACCACUGUGCCCUGGCCAUGUCCUUCGUCCUGCUGCUGCCCAAGGUCAACAAGAAGGCUGGGAACACGGGGCCCCCCGCCAAGCUGACCUUCUCCACCCUCUGCUGCGCUUGUGUCUGA